AUUCUUUGUCCAACUUUCUGCCAAGGCAAGGCAUGUCUGGUCCGGUAACUACCGAUAAGGCUGCGGCUGGCCCGCUUCCCGCGGUCACGGCCCCAAGCCCUGUGGGACCUCAGUCAUCCAAAACGUCAACCUAUACAAUGCUCACUGUGAUGUUUAUGCUACUUAUCAACAUCGCGAUUGUGGCCUUACUAGGACUGCUUGUACGGAAGCUAUUCGAGGUCCAUUCGAUCCUGGACCAUGGACACGUCUAUGUCCAUGCCAGCAUCGUCAAUGACAAUAUCAAACCCUUAAGCGUCUCUGUCGUUAAUACUGGCUACGGUGCCAUUCCCGUGACUAUGUAUCGGUAACCGUUGGGCGCUAUUGGAAGUAUGGCCUUUGUUCUCGAUACACCUACCUCAGAAAGAAUUAUUCUCCUUGCACGAGAAUUGUUUAAUCCGGUUAACAGAGGCAAUUCUUGUAUGACCAUUUAAAGAGACCUCUACUGUGGAGGGACCAGACCCAGGUGUAAACAUAGCCACAGGGAUAGAUGGAUGACCUUCAUUUUAACAACAGCUGUUCUGAU